GCAAAGCAUUUCCGGUCGUGGUUGACGGCUGGGUUCGCUGCGGGAAGACGAGCACGCGUGCGCGCGCGCAAGCCACUAACUAUGAGCGCAGAGGGCCGUGUAGCCGGGCGCAAGGGUCAUGCGUUCUGUUGCAGGGCUAGGAAUGGUACGCAGCCUGAGCCCAGCAUUUAACAUAAAUGCUCAGGAACGUCCCGGUGCAGGCUUGACCACGAACCCGCCUGGCCUUAGAAGACUGAUUGAGCGAACAUAACCAGGACUUCCGACUUGUCUGGCUGUACUGUGUGGCCACCGACCGUCGAGAGACUGAGUGCACUCUGCAACUGCUGCUUUGCGCGCUCAGCGUUCAGAGUCGGGAACCCCCUACCCCGUUGCCGUCCAACCCGAGUUUGCUUUUGGAGAACGAGUGCGUCACAAGCUUGGGAGUGAUUGUGUGUGCCCAGUGACUUGAGUGGACGCGCACCACUGUACUCUCUACACAGAUACUUUCUGCCUCUGCAACUCUACCUGCAAGACAAUAGGUUCACCCACAUGGCAUCUCACAGCUGACCAUAGCCCCAGUGUCAGGGGACCGAUGUAUGCUUCUGGGCACCAGCUUCUGCCAGACCCUCCUAGAGCACACAGUGUCAGCUGAGAACAUACCCUGCCACCUGCCUCGGACACCAGGCACCAGCCUCACCUGGCAUGACUCCCGUAGCCAGAGGGCAUCCAGCAGCAGGCCAAUCAAGCUCCUUCAACAGCCAGGCUCAGAGAUCCCCCAGGCCCGGCUAUACUCUGAUCACUAUGGCUUGUAUCAUACAAGCCCUUCACUGGGUGGCCUGACGAGGCCAGUGGUCUUGUGGAGUCAGCAGGAUGUUUGCAAGUGGCUCAAGAAGCAUUGUCCUCACAACUACCUCGUCUAUGUCGAGGCCUUCUCCCAGCAUGCCAUCACUGGCCGAGCUCUGCUUCGACUGAAUGCAGAUAAGCUGCAGAGAAUGGGGUUGACUCAAGAGGCCCAGAGACAGGAGGUGCUACAGCAGGUGCUCCACCUGCAAGUGCGGGAGGAGGGGCGGAGCCUGCAGCUGCUCAGCCAAGCUUCCUUCGGAAACAUGUCCUAGCUGCUGCCUAGACUUGGACCCCAGACCCCAACACUGUGACCAGAGCCCAUAACCAAGGAUGAGGCAGAGCUGGCCCUUCAGCCCCUUUGGGUCCUGCAAGAUACCCUAGUGGCUAAACUUAGCCCAGUGAACAGGGACGGGACAGGAUUGCCAGCUCCAAGUUCUUCUGGAGAGGCACUAUAGGUUCUGUCCUCUGGCUGGGUGGGUGGUUGCUGCCUGCUUGAAGACCCUUCUUCUGGGAUCCAAGCCCAGGUCCACCCCCUGGUGCUGCUGGCAGCAAACAGGGCAGCUGCCUGGAGCAAGCAUGGGGUUUGAAUGUCCCCAGACUCCCAGGGAGUCUGUUUUAUUUAUGCUCCCUCCAACAUGUGACCACCCCCCAUCCUCUGAGUCCUGAGUCCUCCCCUUAAGUCUUUCAAUUCUGUGUUUUCCCCAGGCAUGUCCAGGUCAGCCACACAGCGGGAUAAGUUUUCUUGACUCUCUUUUCAGGUGUAUCCCUUCCCUAACCCUCUCAGAGUACAGCAGGCCCAACCUGUUGUCCACAGUGAUGGUCGUCAGCCCAGCUAGGUAUGAUGCCAUGUGUGUCACUCAGUGAUUAUGAAACAUCAGCAUAUCCUAUCCACUCAUGAGAACUGAAGUUGAGAGGGGUCCGAGAUGCUCAAGCUCCAAAGUCAGUAUGUGGUAAAACGCAGACUCCAGUGCUGUACAGGUGACUCCAUGCAUAGCCCACCAGUUCAGCAAUAUUCUCAACCUUACCUUUGAAGAAGUCUUGCUUUUAAGCAUCUUCCCUAUUCUCUGGCUCUUAGAGACCAUCUUGAAGAAACGUGUGUACAUACACGCACACCUCUCUACAGCUUUCCCAAGAAAACCUGUAUAAUUUUUCCAAGAAAAUAUGGAGAGCUGUUCCUCUCAUGUGUCACCAGAUACCUAAACAACUCUUCCUUGGGUAUUUGGGGGGUAGUGCUGCCAGGAAGAGGGAUAGUGAGGAUGUCCCUGGCAGCUCCCUCUCAGUCUGCCAUCUGCUAACUCUCCCAGGGACCCUAAAAUCUCAGGGACAGUUGAGGCUUGGCCUCCAGUCCCCUCUGUGUGCCAGAAGCUGGCCUCAAUCCAAGGUUGCUCAUUAUUGUUAAUUUAGGCCACUGACCUGUCAUCUCCCAUCCUGUAAGCCUUCCACCCAUGGGAGGGCCACCUUGUUGUGUUUGCCUGCAACCAGAGUGCUCUCUCUCUCUCUCUCUGCCCCCUUUCUCUCUCCUCUGUCUUUUCUACCCUAUGCCCCUGUCCUGUCUUCCUUGGGUUUUUGUCCCCUUUUUAUACUAUGACCAAAAAAAAAAAAAUCAGAAAUAAAUCUGGUUCUCAAAUGCCA